CCUUUAUUCACACACAAUCAAUACACCAAAUUUCACUUCACAAUUCAAACGAGUAAAUAAAUAUAAGCAAAUUUUUCCAUAUUUUAAUCGAAUUUAUUUGAUCCGCAUUCAUCGUCGCAAAAAUUUUGACACUUGAUUCACCGGAGAAAAAAGAAGCGCCGGAAAUGGAAGCUCAUGCGUCGGGACUUGGCCGUGUGCUUUUGUUAAGCUUCUGUGUUGCCGGUAUUUGGGUUGCUUACAUAUCUCAAGGUGUUCUUCAAGAAAAUCUGUCGACGAAGAGAUUUGGAGAAGACAAGAAGAGAUUUGAACAUCUAGCUUUUUUGAAUUUAGCCCAAAAUGUUGUCUGCUUGAUUUGGUCUUUGAUCAUGAUUAAUGUUUGGUCGAGAGGAAACAAGGGAGGAGGAGCUCCAUGGUGGAGUUAUUGGAGUGCGGGUAUUACUAAUACUAUUGGUCCAGCUAUGGGGAUUCAAGCUUUAAAGUAUAUUAGUUACCCUGCUCAGGUCCUUGCAAAAUCGUCGAAAAUGAUCCCAGUGAUGCUUAUGGGAACUCUGGUAUAUGGCAUCAGAUACUCAUUCUCGGAAUAUUUGUGCACACUUCUUGUUGCUGGAGGUGUGUCGAUUUUUGCACUCUCUAAGACGAGUGCAAAGACCAUUAAUAAGCUGGCAAGUCCUAAUGCACCUCUUGGAUAUGGGCUUUGUUUCUUGAACCUUGCUUUUGACGGGUUUACCAAUGCUACACAGGAUUCAAUUACAGCAAGGUACCCGAAAACCAGUGCAUGGAAUAUAAUGCUGGGAAUGAAUCUCUGGGGCACCAUUUACAAUUUGGUGUAUAUGUUUGGUUGGCCCCAAGCCAGUGGUUAUGAGGCCAUUCGAUUCUGCCAGCAACACCCAGAGGCCGGAUGGGAUAUUCUUUUCUACUGCUUAUGUGGUGCAGUAGGUCAAAAUUUCAUUUUUCUGACAAUCAGCCGAUUUGGUUCUCUUACUAACACGACUAUCACCACCACACGCAAGUUUGUAAGCAUUGUUAUCUCUUCUCUACUGAGCGGCAAUCCUCUGUCAACAAUUCAAUGGAGCAGCGUUAUCAUGGUCUUCUCUGGCUUGUCCUACCAGAUUUACCUCAAAUGGCAGAAGUUGCAAAGACUGCAAAAGAAGCGGAAAGCAACUUGAAAAAAGCCAUAAUUAGUGAACUAAAAUCAUCGAUUUGUGCUUAAUCUCAUGUUAUUAUUCGACCUAUUGAACUAAUUAGUAUACACUUUUGUAAUAGAUUCAGUUCAGGUGUCUGGAGGAUAUAUAGAAGAAAUGUAACUAGAGUAAAGUUCAGAAUCCUCCAAUCAUUGAAGUUUUGCCAUGAUAUUUGCUUGCACUA